UGCCCCUCCUCCGCCGGCGCAGCCCAAGCCAUGCUGCUCCUGGCCGCCGCCUUCAUCGUGGCCUUCGUCCUCCUCCUCUACAUGGUGUCGCCGCUUAUCAGCCCCAAGUCGCUGAAGCUGCCCGGCGCGCAUGUCGUGGUAACUGGAGGCUCCAGUGGAAUUGGAAAAUGCAUUGCUAUUGAAUGCUAUAAGCAAGGUGCUUUCAUAACACUGAUUGCAAGGGAUGAGAACAAGCUGUUGCAGACCAAGAAGGAAAUAGAAAAGUACUCUGUUAAUGACAAGCAGGUUGUACUCUGUAUUUCUGUUGAUGUAUCUAAAGACUAUGAACAAGUAGAAAAUGUUCUAAAACAGGCUCAGGAGAAGUUGGGGCCAGUUGACAUGCUCGUAAACUGUGCAGGAACAUCAGUUACAGGCAAAUUUGAGGAUAUUGAAGUGAAUUCUUUUGAAAGAUUAAUGGCAGUGAAUUACCUGGGCAGUGUUUACCCAAGCCGAGCAGUAAUCACUACCAUGAAGGAGCGCAGAAUGGGAAGGAUUGUCUUUGUGUCGUCUCAGGCUGGCCAGCUAGGCCUGUUUGGAUAUACAGCUUAUUCUCCCACCAAGUUUGCUCUUCGAGGGUUGGCUGAAGCCCUGCAAAUGGAGGUAAAACCGUACAAUGUCUACGUAACGGUGGCCUACCCUCCAGAUACUGAUACUCCUGGCUUUGCAGAAGAAAGUAAAACAAAGCCCUUAGAGACGAAGCUGAUUUCUGAAACCUCAUCUGUUUGCCAAGCAGAACAAGUUGCCAGAGUUAUAGUGAAAGAUGCCAUACAAGGGAACUUCAACAGCUCAGUUGGAUCAGAUGGUUACAUGCUGUCAAUAUUGACAAGUGGGAUGUCACCAGUCACUUCUAUUACUGAAGGUCUUCAGCAGGUUGUUUGCAUGGGCAUUUUUCGCAUCAUUGGCCUAUUUUACCUAGGAAGUUUUGACAGCAUAGUUCGUCGCUGCAUGAUGCAAAGGGAAAAAUCUGAAAGUGCAGAUAAAACUGAGUAAUCUUUACUGUGAGUGGAAAGAAGAAUGUCAAGCAGUCCUGGACAGCUUGCUGCUUAAGUGGGACUCAGUUUUGUUCCUGAAGGAUAUAGGCUGGAAGUACUUGCAUGUGUGACAGAGGAGUCCCCUCAAAAGCUAUGAAAGAAAAAACAAAAGUACAAAUCCAGAAAAUGCCAAACUAUGCAAAAGUGUGAAUGAGGAUUAGAUACCUUUUUUUUUUGGUGAUUUGAGUUGGAAAGAAUUUGGAGAGCGCGUAAGUGAUCUGCAGAGUAGAAUUUGAGAAUGGACAAUGUGCGGUAAUUCUGGACAAAUACUUAAGUUUUCUCACUUUGGUGCUUAUGGAUGAAAUAAGUACCAUGACAGACUGGGCUGAAGUAGAUUGAGGUCCCCUGAACAAGCUGGUACCUUUUGCUAACGUUUUGGGACUGCUUUUGAUUUAGAAUGUUAACUUUUCCUUUGGCCAAUCUACAGAUCCUUCUGUCAAUGACAGCUUUCCUUAUUCUGUCCAACAUACAACUGGAAACCUGAAGAUCACAAAUACAUUUGUAUGAUCCAAGCUUUCUCAGUGUGGGAGUAAUUAAAAAGUAUGGUUUAAUAUGUGCAUACUUUCUAAAGGGAGAUGAAGAACCCGUUCCCACAGAGGAAUGCUAGGAAAUGUGGUCGGGUCUGUAGCUCUUCUGGCCUUUGAAGUUUGUUGUGAACAACAACAAAAAAAAUCAAACCAGUAUCAAGUGCGUCAGUUAUAACUCAGCAUUUUAAGCCAUUGAAACAAUGUAGAAUUUUUACAGAGACCUAAUCUGCCAGUUUUUGCUCUGGAAAGGGAAGUGGCUUAAUGCUACUGUUAUGCACAUUAAUUUCAAAGCUGCAAAGGAUGAGCCAAACCAGUGGUUGAUGAUGGAAUCAAUUGUAAUUAAAAUGCCGGGCUCUUCCAGUAGCAGGAAUGUAGCUUUUCAGGGCAGAGGGGUCAGCAGGGGGGAGAGGUGUGUGUCAGAAUGGCCUUCCACACUGCAUUUUAUCACUGCACGGAAAAGCUUUCACAUGAGAAAUUACAUCAAAUACUCUCCUUAUAUGACCCACUUCUAAUUUGUCUCAUUUACAUUAUCUGAAACAAGGCUGCUCAAUAACUGCUUCAGAAUAUACAGAACACAGUGGUUGUUUCUAAUAAAUCUCGUUUAACACUGAAAAAGCUUGAUGCAUAACAAUGAUGUUUUAAGGGUGCACUAUGUAUACAGUUUAUUUAAUGGACCACAAUAGUAUAAGUGCCUUGUGAGCUGCUUUUUUUUUCAAAAGCUGCAUAUUUUGUAUUUGUUAGCACUGCUGUGUUUUCAAUGCCAUAUUUCCAUUUUCAUUCAGUACUCUGAAUCUAAAAUUAUGUGUAAAACCGGGCACUUUCACUUCUAUGACAGUAAUGUUUAACAACCAAAAUAGGCAAAAUUGAUUGCUUCUGUUAAGAGAUUCUCUAUAUCUAUUUAAGAAGAUGUAUUCAAUUAAACUGAGAUAAAAAUUAAUAAGUGGUUAACUGGAAAACCUUAGAAUGUAAUUUAUUGAGGCUGGUUUUUUUCCCUCUCUGAAUUAGGUUGAUCACUUUUCAAAUUUCCUUCACAUAGACUAAACUUGCUUUAAUACCUGGUUAUAAACAUUUUUUUGGAGAGGAUCACACUGGUGCUCUCAUUUUAAGUGGUGAAAAUUCAUUAGAUUGCAAAUGUUGAGGCGCUGUUGAAUUCUUCACCAAGUCUGUGUUUUAGGUCCUGCCUCUUGAUUUUGUUUAGAUAUGUGAAGUUGUGCAUGCCUAUAAUAUAAUACUAAUUUUGAGAAUAUAGUGUAUUCCUGCAUUUUUAAACAGCUUGGCUUCAGUGCAAAGAAAUCCAGUGUGCAUUUGUAUUUCCUGUGCUGCUUAAUGUGAGUGACAUAAAGGAGCAUUUAUUAUA